UUGACUGCCAUUUGUUUUGUUUCACAGCUGUGAUUUAGUAAGCAGUUUAUAAAUCUUGAUUUUAUCUAAGUUGAAGCUUGAGAAUCCUACAGUGAGCGGACAAAACACAACAUCAAACACACAUUUUACAAGUUUGGUUUAUAUGUACAGUAAGAUCUGAGGCAGCUCGAUCAUUGUAACGUUGUGGCAAAUAUCGCGUGUGUUUGAGUCAGUGUUGGUGAGGUCCGAGUUGACACCAAUCCGUAUGUUCCUCUUUGGAAAUGCUCAUUUUUCUGUUUGCCACAUUUUUGAGACCUGUCGCCACAUUGCAUGAUUUUUCAGUGUUUUCGACUGAUCAGCUGGACGGAUCUGCCUCUUUGUAACCUCUUCUGCACAAUGAAAAUUUGCAGAAAAUCACCUUACAUACUGCUGAAGUUGAUUCACAUCACAUUAUUCCCAGCUCUUGAGGCACAAAAAGUCGAAACCUGGCAUGAAGUGACUGGAUACGUUGAGCGUGAUGUCACCCUGCCAUGCCCGUUCAUCGAACGACCAGACAUACACAUUACACAGUUUGAGUGGAACCUCAACCCUCCAGAAGGAGAGAAAAUCACCAUUAUUGUUUCUAGUAGCCAAUAUGGAGUGGUUACUCAUAAUACUUCUCUGAAGGAGAGAGUGGAGCUUACAGGACAAUCUCUGAUCAUUAAAAAUGUGAAAAAGACAGAUGCAGGGUCAUACAUCUGCAGUGUUUCAACCUUCCCCAGUGGUGCAUUUGAAGGAACCAUCAAACUUUUUGUUCAAGAACAGAUGCCGUUAUCAUCAGGAGUCAUUGCUGCAGUAGUGAUCGCCAUCAUGCUGCUGCUAGUGAUCAUGGCGGCCACAGUUUACCACAUCUCCAUGAGAAGAUGUAACUCUGUGGUCAGGAACCGUGUCUACAUUGAUAAAGAUGGUCCUGUGAUUGAUGUGGCCAGGCUAUCAGUCAUCAGGAGAGAUGAGGAUGUGGUCUACUCUGAUAUCAAGUUCAAAUCAUCUAGAGAGGUCACUCCUUUAUCCAAUGACAAGCACACUGAGACCAUGCAUGCUGAUGAUGUCACAUACUCUGAGGUCGUAAUUUUGUGUCAGCAGCCCAAAUGAGAUGAGGAGAUGUACGUUAAAGUGAUGAUGAUGUUCCCUUUCUCACACCUGUUGAUCGCAAAAAAAAAAAAAUCAUCAAUCUUAAAGCUGCUCUAAAUUCCAUUUACCAUCUUUUUGGUAUCAUUUAGUGAAAUGUGUAUCACAUCCUGACACCUAUCAAUGAAUCAAUAGGCCUCCUGCAAAAAGCACUUGUAUGAACAGAUUUGUUCAUAAGAUGCAUGUACGAGUGAUUUAAGAACAUUUGUGACAUUCAUCAAUUUUCUCCGAAGUACGAACAAAGUUUAUGAGUGAUUAUGCCAAUGAUCACAUCUCAGGAACACGCACCUCCUCAUGAACAGGUGGCAUUCAUCAGGCUGAAACAAACAAUUUACGACAAGUUCAGGCAGUUUAAGAGAGUUUGUUGAAUCUGACAUGGAACACACAUACAAGCAAACCUCACAGAAAAACAUAGGCAAAUUUUAGGAUAAAAAUACGAAAAUGUUUUGGCAUGAGGGCCAAUAGCUUCUAAAAUAAAACCUAACUUUUAUUCACGCUCCUAUAUACUGUAUUGUUUUUCCAUGGGCCUGGUCACAGCAGGGAAAAGAUAGAAAAUGUAAUGUUUAUCACAGAGUGAGUGAUGCUAUUCCUCAAUAAAAACAGGUCUACACAACAAGAUAUGGACACAUUUGAUGCUGUUUCUAGUUCUAACAGUUGUAAGGAGGAAUAGUACAAGCAGAAACAGUCACAUGAAGCUGUUAGAUGAAGAGAGCUCUUACUCCAGCACACCUCCAACAUGUCAUCAAGUUAAACUUGAUGCUUGCUUACAGAUCGCAGGAACUAUCUCUACCACUCUCUACCACUCAGAAAAAAUGUUUCUGCACCUGAAUGUAAGCCAACAAUCGGUAUCUCUUUCUGCAGGAGAUAGCAGUUAUGUAAUGGAGACAGAUAUAGUCUGUGACUAUGUGUGGUUCCCAAGGUGUCACAUGACCUGCAAAUUUGAGUGCUGUCAGUACACCACAAACAAACCAGUACACAAAGUUCUCCUUUGCUAACAAUGAAAGGAGGAAGAUACAAAGACAUAAAAAUGUAAGAAGCAUAGUCACAAGGGAACUAAACUCAGGAAUUCAAAGGUCAGUCAGCACUUGCAUGCCAUGUUAGUGAGUGACUUAAGUUACACCCAGAUUCUCCAUUUCUAUAAAAAAAAAAAAAGAACUGUCUAGAUUUAUAUUUUACUGUGAUUUUUCUCAACUAAAUUGGACAUGAAGGUUUUUCUAGUCAGUAUUUGCAUGUGAGCUUCAUUUAGGGUCAAAGAGUCAAAGAGGAAGGCUGGACUCUUUCAAAUUUUGAUUUAUUCUUUCCUGUGCCUUUUUCCUUAAACUUACCCACAACAGCUUUAAAACAAAAAUACAUACGGCAUAAUAUAAUAGAAACAAAAUGUAUUCUAAUAUACUAGUUGUACUGUAGUAGCCCGUGUAGUUUCCCUGCUAUGACUAUGUGCUGGAUUUGUUCAAGGAGAACCUGCUGCAGGUGAUUGAUCAGAAUUACGCAGAUGUCUUCAAUUUUAGGUCUUUUUUGUCAUUACCACAACCACAAUCCUUGUACAACAGUCUGAUGACUCAGUGGUUUUGAUGCAUGGUGGACUUCAGACUACUUUUUUGAGGAAAACCGUGGGCCAAGCUAGCUCAGCUCUGGUUAGCCCAAAGUCUGUGCCAUGUGAGGCAGAGUUCAGGUGGGGGGAGAGAAGGUGAGGGGGAACAUUAUGGUGAAAAUGUCACUGGUAGGGAGGGCCUUUUUGACAAAGCCUUUUAUCCUAGCCAGUCUGCUUUUGAUCUGUUAUGCAGAACAUCAGUCAGAGCUACUGUCAGAAAUCCUGUCUGUACACAGAUGUUGCAGUCUAAGCAGGCAUUGUGUGAGAAGGUGACAAAAUAUGGUUUGCAAAGUUUCGUACAAUGCACACCAUCUCUGAACAUUAGCAACAGUCACUAUCUAUCACCUGGUGGUUUCAUUGUGCAUUUCCUGACAGUGUCAUUUUGUGGGUGUGAAAUUACGCCUGCCACAUUCACUCUGCCCUGUCAGAAAAUGUGAGAACAAAAUCCGUUUGUCACUGUAUAAAAAUGUUAACUUAAGGGCUCAUAUUUAAUUCUUUUUAUUUUUUGAUUGUGUUGUGUGAAAGUCUGUGCUUAAGAAAUUUUAUUACAAUCGGUGUUUUUGUGCUUUUGGGUUAAUUCAGUCCUGUAGACAGAAAUGACAGUGCAGAGUUAUGUAAACUGUCCCCAUGUAUUCUGUAGAACACAACCCUUUCUGUCUGUUGUAUAAAUAAAGUUGCAU